AUGUCGACUACGGAGCACCAAGCACCGGCGGCCGCUUCUCCGCGUGACACGGAAAGCGGUGUGCCGGGGGGAGAUGCACUCGACCGGAGGAGCUCUGCCGUGCACCAACAUUCCGACAUUAGCGAGAAGCAAACUGAUGAGGCGGCCGCCGUGCCCUGGGAGCAGCACCCGAGAAAACCAAUGAAUUGGCCCAACUGGAAAAAGACACAUCUCAUUGUCAUGCUGUCCUCGUUUGGCUUCGUCUCAUCGGCGGGAACCUCCAUCAUCAGCCCCGCGACCAGCGCCAUAAUGGCCGAGUUUCACGUCACCCGUGUCGUCGCGCUGCUGCCCCUGUCGCUUUACUGCUUCGCCCUCGGCUUCGGCCCCGUCGUCGGCGGACCCCUGUCCGAGACGACGGGCCGCAAACCCGUCUACGUCGGCACCAGCGUGCUCGGCGCCCUCUUUACGCUCGGCGCCGGCCUGACGCGCAGCUUUGGCGCUCUUUGCUUUUUGCGCUUCAUGGCUGGCUUCUGUUGGGCGCCCGCGCUCGCCAGCGGCUCUGGAUCCAUUGUCGAGACGUUUGCGCCGAGGAGCCGCGGGCCGAUGAUUGCGAUUUACGUGCUCAUGCCGUUUCUCGGCCCAGGUUUCGCUCCCAUUCUCGGAUCUUUUGCCGUCAGUCGCCAAAACUGGCGCUGGACGCAGUGGAUUCUACUCUUUUUCGCCGCCUUUACCCUGCUCUUUACGCUGACGACCUGGGAGACGUUUCCCGCCAUCUUGAAGCGCAGAAUCGCCAAGGAACGCGGCCAAGACGUGCCGCCGUCUCCCCCGAUCCUCAAACGCAUCACUGCGUUUCUCCAAACCGGCCUGAUACGGCCUGUGCACAUGCUGCUCACCGAGCCCAUUACCGGCUUUCUGUGCCUCUACGUGUCGGUCAACUUUGGCAUUCUCUUUAGUUUCUUUGCCGGGCUCUCGUACACCUUUGGACGCGUCUACCAUUUUAGCAUUGAGCAGUCCGGCCUCGUCUUCCUGUCCGUCGCGAUUGGCUGCAUCAUCGGCCUGUGCACGAUUCUUGCCUGCGACGUCGGGCUGUACCGCCCGCAGAUGUGCAAAUUCCCGCCCGGCAAGGUGCCGCCAGAGCACCGUCUGUAUCCCGCCAUGGUGGGCAGUCUGGGCUUGCCCGUCGGCCUGUUUUGGUAUGCCUGGACGGCGAGGAGCUCCGUCUCGUGGGCCAGUCCUGCCGUGGCCAUUCUGCCCUUUGCCUGGGGAAAUCUGUGCAUCUUUGUGUCGGCCAUGCAGUACGGCGCCGACACGUACCACGGCAGCGUUGUGGCUAGUCAGGCCAGCGCCAACAGCCUGGCGCGGUAUGCGUUUGCGGGCGCGUUUCCGCUCUUUAUUGUGCAAAUGUACGACAAGCUGGGCGUGGACUGGGCCGUCAGCCUCUUUGCCAUUGUAACGGUGGCGCUGCUUCCCAUUCCGUGGGUUCUGUUUAAGUUUGGUCCCCGCAUUCGUGCCCUAAGCAAGUACGAGACGGUCCAGUACGAGAAUAUCUAA